AUGAUCCCGAGAUCCUUUCUGCGCGUGCGAGCGCUGUUGGCAGCCUUCAUACUCGCUGUCUUUCUCACCUGGGCAAUAUUGACACAGUUCAAAUCCUACAUCCCCAAUAUCUCGUCUUCACGGGCCAUUACCACAGACCUAACACCAUUACAUCGCCAAUUCUGGCAAGAAUUCCACGCCCUGCUAGAGAAAUAUGCGCCGGGCACAGAGCCUAUCGUCGAAUAUCAGAGGGCGCCCACAGAAGGCUUCAAUGCUCACAAUGCACCGCCGCGCCCAGAUACCCUCUACGUUCCGGAGGAAGAUAUCACAACCAUGAAAGAAGCGCAUACGGGGUUCGUCAAUGCAAUCGCCGACUCCCCACCCGAGCUCCCCUACCUCCCCAACACAAAAGGCAUAGUCUCAACAGCAGGGGGCCCCUACCUCCCAGUGCUAGUGAUAUCCCUCCGCAUGCUCCGCCGAACCGGCUCCACGCUCCCGAUGGAGGUAUUUCUCUCCGACGAAGACGAGUACGAACCCUACAUAUGCGAUGUAGUUCUACCCUCGCUGAACGCGCGGUGCGUAGUUCUAUCCCGCAUCCUCAUCGCGGCCCCAGCCCAAAUCCAAAAAUACCAAUUCAAGCCCCUCGCAAUGCUCUUCUCCUCCUUCGAAGAAAUCCUCUUCCUAGACGCAGACGCCUUCCCCCUCAAGAAACCAGAACAUCUCUUUACCACCGAGCCCUUCCUCUCAAAUGGCAUGGUCACCUGGCCCGACUUCUGGGCCUCCUCCGCCUCUCCACACUUCUACGAAAUCGCAAACCAUCCGCCCCCACCAAUGGACCUGCGCCAGUCAACAGAAUCAGGCGAAGUCCUCCUCUCCAAACGAUCCCAUCUCCGCUCCCUCCUCCUCGCAACAUACUACAACUACUACGGGCCCUCGCACUACUACCCCCUUCUCUCACAAGGCGCCGCCGGCGAAGGCGACAAGGAGACCUUCCUCGCAGCCGCGACCGCCAUGCACGAAUCCUUCCACCAAGUCAGCGAGUCCAUCUGCGCCCUCGGCCACGAAACCAUCCACGGCGGCAUAGCCGGCUCCGCAAUGGCGCAGUUCGAUCCCGUGCAGGACUUCGCCCUGACGAGUCGCGGGAUAUGGCGUGUCAGAGGUGACGACGCCCCCGCGCCAGACGUCUUCUUUAUCCACGCCAACUUUCCUAAAUUCAAUCCUGCCACUGUCUUCCAGCUCCAUGAUGUUAACCCCGCGUUUACAGAUGAGGGGGAGUAUACGCGCGCCUGGACGCUGCCGGUGGAUGUUGUGCGGGGGUUCAAUGACAAGGUUGAUGUCGAGAAGGGAUUUUGGCAGGAGAUUCUUUGGACAGCUUGCGAGCUUGAGGAUAAGUUCCGGAGUUGGGCCGCGGAUGAGGGGGUUUGUGAUGCGGUGAGGGAGUAUUGGGGUGCUGUUUUUGGGAACGGUUGA